CCGGAUGGCGGUCGCGGCGGCAGGGGCAGGGGCUGGGGCCGGCGCGGGCGGCAGGCGCGGCCGCCACUGACGGCUAGUCGGGCGCCCGGAGCAGACAGACGGAGGCCGUGUGGCUGACCAUCCCGUGCACGCAGGCUGAGGAUGCAGCGCUGGAAGGCGGCGGCCUUGGCCUCGGUGCUCUGCAGCUCCGUGCUCUCCAUCUGGAUGUGUCGGGAAGGCCUGCUCCUCAGCCACCGCCUCGGACCCGCGCUUGCCCCGCUGCGCCGGCUGCCUCGCACCCUGGACGCCCGAAUCGCCCGCCUGGCCCAGUACCGUGCACUGCUGCAAGGCGCCCCGGACGCGGUGGAGCUUCGCGAACUGACACCCUGGGCCGGGAGGUCCCCGGGUCCGCGCCGUCGGGCGGGGCCCCGGCGGCGGCGCGCGCGUGCGCGGUCGGGGACCCGGCCGUGCGGGCUGCGGGAGCUCGAGGUGCGCGUGAGCGAGCUGGGCCUGGGCUACGCGUCGGACGAGACCGUGCUGUUCCGCUACUGCGCAGGCGCGUGCGAGGCGGCCGCGCGCGUCUACGACCUGGGGCUGCGGCGCCUGCGCCAGCGGCGGCGAGUGCGGCGAGAGCGGGUGCGGGCGCAGCCCUGCUGCCGCCCGACGGCCUACGAGGACGAGGUGUCCUUCCUGGACACGCACAGUCGCUACCACACGGUCCACGAGCUGUCGGCGCGCGAGUGCGCCUGCGUGUGACCCUACCUCACCGGGCCCGGCGAGACGGCGGCCACACCCCCCGCCCCGACGGCACCCGCCGUCCCGCCUGGCAAGCCCCGCGACAGACUGCCCAUGCGCAGAAAAUGCCGUCGAGGGCUCAGGACUCGCGCCAUAACUGUACCAAGAUAAAGUGUGGAAAAUCGA